AUGGCGGAGGGAGAGGUAAACCAAGAUUUUAUUUUCAAGAUGGAAAACCCAUCCGACUCAGGUGUGAUUUUACCUAGCACUCCGCAGGCUUGCGCCAAUCCACCAUCUCCCCGGACAAGUAGCACAAGAAAACAACCUAUGAGUGCAACACUUAGAGAACGAUUGAGGAAAACUAGAUCUUCAUUUAAUUCCUGUUACAGUGUGGUGAAACGUCUUAAAGUAGAGAAUGAAGAAAAUGAUCAGACUUUUCCUGAGAAACCAGCAUCUUCAAUAGAAGAAAACUGUUUGGAACUUCAAGAAAGUUUUAAACACAUAGAUGGUGAAUUCAAAGAAAGUACAUAUUUGAAAAAUACCUUCAAGAGUAUCAGUGCAUGUGAAUCUAAAUCUCUUGAUACUGAGUCUUGCAGUGAUCUCCAAAGUGACUUUGUGAAUGAGAAUCUUCCAAAACAAGGAUUAAGUGAAGAAAGAGCAAAAUUGGUGAAGCAGAUUGAGGAGAAAGAAGACUUUCUUCGGAGGCUAAAACUGGUCAAAAUGUAUAGAUCAAAGAAUGGCCUGUCUCAGUUACAGAUGUUAAUACAGAAGUGGAGAAGCUGUAGCCAGCUGCUGCUUUAUGAGUUGCAGUCAGCUAUGUCUGAAGAGAACAACAAACUCAGCCUUACUCAGCUGAUAGACCACUGUGGGUUAGAUGAUAAAUUACUACACUAUAACAGAAAUGAAGAAGAGUUUAUCGGUGUUUAAUUCAUAAUUUUUUUUCCAGAAUAUUUUUGAGAAUGACAACUUAAAAGAUAAUACAUUUUAAAAGGAAGGUAGAAGCCAUUAGGGCCUAGAGAAAGGUAUCUUGAUGAACAUCAAUUUAGGGCACUCUGUUAUAUAAAUAUAAAAUAAGUUCUAAAAUGAAAAUUUAGUAUUUUGGAUAAGUUUGCCAAAGAAAACUUGACAUUUAAAGAAAUGUGAAAAAAAACUAAAUCAUGUUUAAAAAAUAAUUUGGUCAUUUCUGGAAGUCAAAUUUAAUACAUUGUUUUGUUUACUGUGGUAAAAAAGUUCUAUUUUUUUUAAGGUUUUAUUUUAAAUGUUAAAAAAUACUUCAGUCUGGUUAAUGUCUAAACCUGAAGUGGUCUAAAAAUGCCUGCCUGUCUCCUAAG